UCACAACGCCGCCAGGAGCCAGAACAACCUGACUGCCCUACCUCCAGGCGGCGGCAGCGGCGGCCCCUAGCCCCGUUACGCCGAGCCUGGGCUGCGCUCGGGCCGCGGGCCGGGGCCAUGCAUCCGGCGCCGUGCUGAGUACCGCGGCGGUGGCGAAGCGGAGCCCUCUCCCAGCGGGCAGCCCCCGACCUGCGUGCGAACGGGGCCGCGCCCGCCGCCGCCGCCCUCCAUGACCCUGCGCUCCGCCGGGUCCCUGGAGAGCGCGGAGGGCUCCCGGGUGCGCUGGGGGCACCCCGGGGCAGCGCCGCCUGCUGCCGAGGAGUCCCGUGAGGCGGCGCCGCUAGCCGAGGCCAUGGAGGAGCUGCGGCGGGCAGGAUGGUACUGGGGCAGCAUGACUGUUGCUGAAGCCAAAGAGAGAUUACAGGAUGCCCCCGAAGGGACCUUCUUGGUUAGGGAUAGUUCACAUUCAGAAUAUCUGCUGACUAUUUCGGUAAAAACAUCAGCAGGGCCGACCAACCUCCGGAUAGAAUAUCAAGAUGGCAAGUUCAGACUGGAUUCUAUCACCUGUGUCAGGUCUAGACUUAAACAAUUCAACAGCGUCGUGCAUUUGAUCGAGUACUAUGUGCUGAUGUGCAAGGACAGAGCCGAAACGCCUUCGAAUGGAACAGUUCAUCUUUACUUGAACAAACCCCUUUAUACAUCUGCUCCAUCUCUGCAACACCGCUGCAGAAUAACCAUCAACAAAUGUACAAAUCAGAUCUGGGAGCUGCCGUUACCAACAAGGCUAAAAGAGUACUUGAAAGAGUACCAAUACCAGGUCUAAAUGGCUUUUCUGAAUGCCUCUAAUGGAGAGGGACAUUGAAAUGCAAUUCUUAAAAUCGGCCAAAGAACUGAGUCAUGGAAUUCACUAUCAAAACAGUGGCAGUUCUGGGGGAAACGGGUUUCAUUUCAGAUGCUACAAAGGGAGACUUUAUGCAGAACAACCCCAGCUUGCAUCUGUGGGGGCUGGACAAGGCGGCAUGCUUAUUCUUCAAGGAGAAAGAAGCCAGGAAGCUGUCCAGACUGCGUUGCUUUGUCAGUAGCAUAACGUACUGCACUAUCAAAGGCUGACUGGUGGGGCUGGGAGAGACUGCAGAAGUGCUCAGAGGUGUGUGAGACUCUCUAAGUUUCUCAGUUGUCUGAUUCCAAGAUUACUUUGGUGCUGGUGUUCCUACAAUCCUGAAAGCUUAACUGGAUCACACUGUGAUAAUCUUGCCAAAGUUAUGCAACUAAUCAAAUCCAGUCAGACAAAACAGUGACCAUGUAUUCAGUUGUUAGUGAAGUAGAACUCUCGUGCUUUUCUGCAGGCAAAGGAAUACUGUAAGUAACCAGAACACAUUUUGGUUUGCUUUUGGUUUAUUUUUUUCCUCCAAAGUUCUCUAAAAGCUGACCUUAAGGAGCAAUGCCACAACCCAGGAUGCUGCUGAUUAUACCAAAUUGGUAUCCCAGAACCUUGAACACGUUAGCAUCUCCCGGUGGUGAUAUAUCCAUGGUAGUACUGUCAAAGCCUCUUUUGCCUGAGGCUCUAGGACUGGUACUCUGCAGAGUUCCAGUGUCAGAACAUGGAUAUCAGCAGUUUACAGCUGUCUUCUACAGUGUAGAAUGUUUUUCUUCAGCUUCUUUCCCAAAAUGUGGGGAAACAGAAUUUGAGGGGUUUUGGUUGUUUGGGUGUUUUGUUUCAUUUUGGUUUUCGUUUGGGUUUUGGUGUUUUGCUUCGUUUUGUUUCAUUUGGGUUUUUUGAUUGUUUUAUUUUGUUGGUUUGGGGGUAUUUUGUUUUGGUUGGUCGUCUGAGGAAGGUUUUGGGUUUUCUUUUCCUCUAAUUCACCAUUGUAGCUACCAGACCAUUACUCAAUAAAGUAAGUCAAAUUACACAACAA